UUGCUGGACGCUUGUCUGUAAAAAAAUAAAUGUUUUCAGGGUUAAAACUAUUCCAGAAUUUUAAAGAAUUUCAAUAUAUUAUAGUUACUUUCAUGGCUUGUCAACCUCUGUUGAAUAACUCUUCUUCCGUAUGCAGAAGGAUGAAGAAUGUCAUUGGUGAUAAAGACAAACGAAAUGAUGUUGUUUUCUGUACAAAUCCAGCUACCAAACCAAAACAACACAUUAUAUUGUUUGGGGGCGAUGUCCAGGACUAUAAAGAAAAUAUGAACCUGUACAAUCCCCAGUAUUCGACCUGGGAUGUCGAAUCCAGCGCCCAAAUAAUCCAUGCCCGGUUUCCAGACUCUGCUGUGUUUGUAGUCAAGCCUGCGCAAAUGCUCCUCAAUACAUUCAGUAUCUACAAAAACUUCCUGAAUUUUGAUGAAGAUGGAAGGCCUGAAUUCAAUGUUGACUUCGGAGCAUUGAUUCAUUUGGCGAAGCUGUACACAAAUGUAGUGAAACAGAUAGAGAUGAGUGUGUCAGAUGGUGGCUUUGGCAAGAACUCACAGGAGAACUCUGCAUCUGGAGAUUAUUUAGUAAAGUCUGAGGCAACUGUUGAAAAAGGAAAUGACGACAGCAUUUGUGAUAGAAAUAGUGAUAUUUCAGAGAAGUGCCAACUUCAAAAAUCUACGGCAGAUUUGUCUGUUCCUGUUCGACUAAUGGGCUUUAGCAAGGGGUGUGUGGUUAUUAACCAGAUGGUGUUUGAGUUAAAAGCGUUUAAGGAUGACAAGGAUGUGAGGCCAUUCUUGGACAAAGUUAUGGCCAUUUAUUGGUUGGAUGGAGGUCACAUUGGAACAAAUAAUGCAUACAUCACUGACUAUGAACUAUUAGGUGACGUUGUGGCUCUGAAUAAAGAGCUACAUGUACAUGUUACCCCUUAUCAGAUCCUGGAUCCAAACAGGCCAUGGAUUGGAAUAGAGGAAACAGAAUUUGUGCAGAGGCUUAAAAAUCUAAAAGGAAACAUACAUGAAUUUAAACAUUUUAUGAAUAUGAAGCCAUCAAUCAAAAAUCAUUUUAAGGUCAUCACUCAAGUUUGAAAUUCAUGAUAUACUUAGUAAUGCAGUUUAAAAGAAUUUUUUUAUUUCCCAUUAUCCAAGUUGUUCAUUUUAAAUGUUUAAAUACUAUGUUGUAAAGUUGUUUUAUCAUACCCUUAUAUAUGUUACUUUACCCAACAUUUGUAUUUUGAUGGCUGUAUUUGUCAUUUAUUUUAUUUGACAUCUAUAUUAUUUGAUCAUAUUAGUGAGUAAAAUCUGUU